CCUCACCCCCUGAAAAUGUACACCUGUGCAAAGUUCGUCUCCACCUCCUUGGUCCGGAGCACCUCUCAGCUGUUGAGCCGAUCACUGUCUGCAGUGGUGCUAAAACCACCGGAGACACUGACAGAUGACAGCCUCAGCAGCUUGGCAGCCUCAUGUCCCCUGACCUCACUUAUUCCUAGCCGCAGCUUCCGAACCAGCGCCAUUUCAAGGGAUGUUGACACAGCAGCCAAGUUCCUUGGGGCUGGGACUGCCACUGUACGGGUGGCUGGCUCUGGGGCUGGAAUUGGGACUGUGUUUGGGAGCCUCAUCAUUGGUUAUGCCAGGAAUCCCUCUCUGAAGCAACAGCUCUUCUCCUACGCCAUUCUGGGCUUUGCCCUCUCAGAGGCCAUGGGACUCUUUUGCCUGAUGCUGGCCUUUCUCAUCCUCUUCGCCAUGUGA